UAGAAGCCGUAGACCCGUUGAAGGAAACACAGCACGAAUAUGAUUCACGAAUUGCUAGAUCCCUGAAAACUGAAGGGAAAACAGUAGGGUAUGGAUGGUGAAUGGGACCCACGUUUUGAUGAGAGAAACCUAAAGCACUGAAGUAUAUAUCUAUCCAUCCAUACAUUCCUAAAAUCAAAGGCCACCCUACGUUCCUCCCUCGCUUGCUCCUCCUCCACUCCACUCUCUUUCAGUCUUUCCUCAACAUAUCUUUUCGUCCCUUUUCCGGUGCUAUAGGAUUUUGUAUUUGAUUAUUGAUUCAUGGCCGGGUUUUUCUUCUAUUCGGAGUUUUGAUUUUGAUUUGAUUCAGCGUGCUCUCUCUUUCAAUGUUACAUUUCUUUUGCAUCUGGGUUCCUCAUAUUCGUAACAUUUCAGGCUGAUUUGUAUCUGGGUUUUGCUUCUUCGGGAAGAUUUGUUUCCCACCUUUGUUCCGUUCUUUUGGACAUCUGGGUAUCCGCAAGUUUUGAAUUUUUUCCCUCCUUAUUUGUUAUUGCUAGUUACCUCUUCGAAGUUUGAGAUUCGGUGAAAUACAGUUGCUUGUUAUUUGGGUUCUGGGCGGCUUCUUUGGUGUUGGUGAGAUUUGUAGUUUUUCAAUGGGCUGUUUGGAUGAUGGGCAUUUUGGUGUGGAGCUUGAUAAUGGAGUGAAACUGAGUUGCAUUGAGUUGGGCUUAGAAGGAGAGCCAGAGACUGUAGCUAUUGAAAAUGCUGUGAAAGUUCUGCUGCAGGGUUUGGGAGAGGAUGUCAAUAGAGAAGGUCUCCUGAAGACCCCUCUCCGCGUUGCCAAAGCACUUCGCCAGGGUACCACAGGGUACAAACAAAAGGUGAAAGACAUUGUUCAAGGUGCUCUAUUUCCUGAAUCUGGUUUAGAUAAUGCAGUUGGUUAUGCUGGAGGUGUGGGUGGACUUGUAGUUGUUCGUGAUCUUGAUCUCUUCUCAUACUGCGAAACUUGCUUGAUUCCAUUCCAGAUUAAGUGUCAUGUAGGUUAUGUGCCACGUGGACAGCGUGUCGUAGGGUUAAGCAAGCUCUCUAGAGUGGCUGAUGCCUUUGCAAAACGACUUCAAGAUCCACAGCGUUUGGCAAAUGAAAUUUGUUCUGCUCUGGAUCAGGGUAUCAAGCCAGCAGGUGUUGCUGUCUUACUCCAAUGUUCACAUGUACGUUUCCCCAAUGUACAAUCGUUCUUCCUCGAUUCAAACCAUCAAGGAUGGGCGAAGGUGCUUGUGAGUUCAGGUUCAGGGGUUUUUGAAAAUGAAAAAGCUGAUGCUUGGAGUGAUUUUUUCAGUCUGAUGAGAUUCAGAGGCAUAAGUUUGGAUAAAAUUCAUAUGAGAGACUGCACAGAGCAAUGCUGGUGUCCAUUCCACUCUUCCUCUGGUGAGAUAUUUUCCUCCAAUAUUGGACCAGCCAACCCAGGGAUGAUUGCUGCAGCAACUUCAAUUCUCAGAUCAUUGGGUGAAGAUCCAUCAAGGAAAGAACUUAUAGGAACUCCUAGUCAUUUUGUGGAUUGGUUAAUGAACUUCCAGAAUACAAAUUUUGAGAUGAAGCUGAAUGGCUUUGUCAAAGGUAAAAAUGAUUAUAUCCGAUCCAAUGGUGAAAUCAUCCGUAAUGAAGAACAAUUACAUACUGAGCUGAACCUUUCAUUCUGGUCACAAUGUGAGCAUCAUUUACUACCCUUUCAUGGUGUUGUCCAUAUUGGCUACUUCUCUGCUGACGGAAUUGACCCCAUUGGAAGGUCUCUUUUGCAGUCUGUGGUACACUUCUAUGGCUUCAAGCUCCAAGUACAGGAAAGGCUCUCCAGGCAAAUUGCUCAGACUGUUUCAUCGUUAUUGGGUGGAGAUGUGAUGGUACUUAUCGAGGCUAAUCACACCUGUAUGAUUUCAAGGGGGAUAGAGAAGGUUGGAAGUAAUACGGCAACCAUAGGUGUAGUGGGUCGAUUCUCUACCGACCCUGCUGCAAGGAGCAUGUUUUUAGAGAGUAUUCCAAACUUUGCUACAUCUGCUGGUUCUGACUUCAGUUCAACUGCCUAAUUGAUUCUUGCUUUCUGGGCAUGCCCUCAGUAGUCCCUAUUUGAACUUGCUUGAUGGCUCUUCUUUUAGGCUGCAAUACCGAACCAUUCUAGCACGGCUCCAGUUUUGCUUUUGAUGAUGAGGGAAAAUAAUUGGACAAAAAUAUGGUUUGAAAGGGGAAGAUCCUGAACUAUUCAUUUCUGCUAAUGUUCUGUUCACUGUUUGUAGCUUAAACCCUUUGGAAGAUAAUAAGGCCAAGGGCAUGUUAUCGUUUCAAGAUCACUAUAUUGCAACGUCAUUUUUACCCCCCAAAAAUGGGAUUUGAAUAAUAAGAAAAUCACCAAAAUAUUUAUCCAA